UCAUCUUUAUCAUUGUUCCAAUGGUCGACAUCCUUUUAGCAUUUUAGAAUUCGAAAAGUUCGUACUUUGUGCUUUUAGUGCGACGUGAAGUGAUUAUUUUGAGAAAACUACUGCCAUAAACAUUCGUAAGUUGUGUAUAAAUUAUUGUUUUCGAGUCGAGUGGUGGGCGCUGAAGAUGAUGCGCUGAAAUUGAAUUCGUGACUCAGGAUCAGGAACUGAGCUGUCUUGCCUGUUGUGCAGUGAUUUUUAUAAUCAGAAAGUCCAUCUGUAUUGUGAUUUGUUUUCUUUUUGCUUUUUCGAAAAUAGUGUCGAGUAAUUCGUAUCGUAGUAGUGAUAAUAACGUUGCUUUGUUCUUCGCUCGGUAUUCGAAUAUUCGAUGCUUACGAGUGCUUUGUUUUCGUACAACGCGUACUGUACUGUGUAUCGUAUUUCGUAAAUGGUAUGUUAUGACUUUUGUUUAGCUAUCAGCUAUAGUCAUUAGUGUGUAAUCUAUAAUCAUCUAUAAAAUCCGCAUUCGUAAUCGUAAAAGCUGUUUUGAAUUCGAGAAGAAUCUGUAUCACUGUUGACGAGUACGUAGACGUAUAUUCACACUCCACUGACACUACGUGUAGUUCCUGAAGUUCAGUCAGCCGUUGCACACGUUCGGAUUUGCUUUUUAUCGAAUAGCACUAUCAUAAAGGAUCAUCCACAAAGAGUGCACCGACAUGAACUUGAACGUACGAUGUAGCUAAUUAUACCUACCAAUGCGAGAUCUGCGAAGAAAAGAAUCACGGUAGCUAUUUUUCACGAUGAGUGGCGACGAAGACUCGAUGGAUAUGGAGCACCGAUACGCGAAAUCGAACCAGCCACGCGGUUUCCCUUCGGUAGCCCAAGUAGUGGGAAUAUGGCGAGAGAAAUUCGAGCAAGGGACGUUGAACGAGUCGCAUUUCAAAGAGCACUGGCGUCUGUACGUUCCUCAGGUUUUGUGUUUGGAUCCGAGUAAUAGUUCCUACGAUCGUAUUUUCGACGAAGAAAACGUACUGUUCGCCCCCCUCGAGCAGUUCAUUUGCGGCGACGGUAACACCGGCGAGAUAUUGGACCGGGUACAACGUCUAGAUGAGCCAUCGACCGUAUGCGGCAAAGUGUUUAAAAUGAGCGAGCCGACGUAUCAUUGCCGAGAAUGCGGUACUGAUCCGACUUGCGUGCUUUGCGUCGAGUGUUUCAAGAAAUCAGCGCAUAAGAAUCAUAAAUACAAGAUGUCGAUGUCGAACGGAGGCGGAUGUUGCGAUUGCGGCGACACCGAAGCUUGGAAAAGCGAUCCUUAUUGCAGCGUACAUAUAGCCGGCACACUGAGCCAGGCUUCCACAGCACCGGAUGCGUCGUCUUCUUCUUCGCCAGCGACGGGAGAAAGUAGCGGUGGAACCACUGCUCGGGGUAAUUUUCCCGAAGAUAUGGCCCAGCGUACGCGUCUCAUGUUCGGAGCUAUUUUACGAUACGCGUAUCAUCUGCUCAAGUACGACGAUUCGCCGGAAUUGCCGAGCGAUUUACGUUUAAAGGAGAUCGAAGAGGAUCCGUUGAGUUUCCUCGAUACGCCGGAUAGCUACUGUACCGUAUUGUACAACGACGAAACGCACACUUUCGAUCACGUCAUCACUACGCUGUCCAAAGUGAUCAAAUGCAAUCAGCGAGACGCGAUGGAUUACGUGACGAACAUCGAUCGAGAAGGACGAGCCGUUGUCAAGAUAUCCACUUUUCAAUACUGUACCGAAUUGAAACACGAAGUCGAACGAAUCACAUCGCGUACCAGCAGUAAACCUUUGAAGGUGUUGGUUAAACAUUCGCACGUUAUCGCCCAUCAGUUGUACGCUAUCAAGCUGCUGGCUCGCGUGCAAAAGAUUCUAUCUUACUCGAAACAUUUUCGUCGUAUAUUCUCCGAAAUCGUUUUGGAAACUAAGUCGUCGUCGUCUGCGUCGUCUGCUUCGUCGCCACCGUUAGACAUAUCCAUACUGGAGGGUGUGUUUCGGGCAGACUCGUCGUUAUGGAAAUCAGCCCGUGUCCAUUGGCAUCGUUUGUUCAUUUCCGGUAUGCUGAAAGAAUACGAGCAUAAGAAAGCGUUCGCCAAACUGUUCACUAAACAUUACGGUUCGAUUAUGCAGGAUUAUAUUCGCGACGAUCACGAUCACUCGUUUUCAGUCGCUUCGUUGGCAGUGCAGAUAUUCACAGUGCCAACCAUAGCGCAUUAUUUGAUCGCCUAUCAAGAUGUGUUGUUCGUGUUGCUGAAUACCUUCUUGUCCGAAUGCAACGCUAAUCAAAAAGAUGGCAAAUUAGAGUUCCAACGCAACGAGCACUCGUCAGCGGUCACUUUUAAACGCGCUCAAUUCAUCAUCUACGAUCUGCACUACCUGCUGAGCACGGUACCGGAACCGGAACGAUGGACGAACGAGCUACGUAAAGGUUUCAGCCAAGGAUUGAGUUUAUUCUUACGACUGUUGUGUCUGAUGCAAGGCAUGGACGCGGUAACACGCCAGGUCGGCCAGCACAUGGAAUACGAGCCCGAAUGGGAGACGGCGUUCAAUCUGCACAUCAAACUUAGCCCGGUUAUAACGUUGAUGAUCAAAUGGUGCGGCACCGAUAAGAAAAUCCUAACAAAAGCGUACCGAGCAACGUUGAAAAAACUACUCGAGAACCCGUGCGCUGAUCUGUCUUCAGCUCAUUGCCAAGUUCGCGAGUUAGCCAAUCAUAGUACGUCGUGCGUCGUGUACGAUGUAAGUACGCAGCCCGUUUCGAUACAUUUGCCUUUGUCUCGUUUCUUGGCCGGAUUGCACGUACAGCUGGAGCGUUUUUCGCUCAACUUUUACAGUUCCGAGUUUCAAUUCACUCCUAAGCAGACGCUCGAAGAGAUCAUCGAACCGGUGCUCCGUACGCAAGUGAUGAUUGCCCAAGUACACGCGAAUUUAUGGCGUCGUAACGGUUACUCGAUUCUGCAUCAGAUUUAUUUCUAUCAUAAUGUCAAGUGUCGCAACGAGAUGCUCAACAAGGAUAUAAUCAUGUUGCAGAUCGGCGCCUCGCUCAUCGAAAGCAACGAUUUCCUGAUUCAUUUGUUGAAUAAAUUCAACCUGAUGAAUUGGGCCGAUUCCGAAUUCGAAGGUAACUCGUAUUCUUCGGUUGCUGCAGCCGGCAUGGCUGCUACGUCCGCUGGUUCUACAACGUCGACGACGACUACGUCGACAUCGACGACGACAACGACGACCAUCACGACGUCUUCGUCUCCUAAAAAAGCCGAAGAAGAAACCGUACGUCAGACGAUCACGUUAGUAGAAGAAUUCCUCACGUUACUGGUGACGAUUGUCAGCGAAAGAUAUGUAGUAGGAAUCGGCAAAGUGACCGAGAAAGAUUGCGUUAAGAAAGAAAUCAUGCAGCAGCUCUGCAUCAAACCGUUAUCGCAUUCGGAGCUGAGCAAAGUACUGCCGGAUAGCGAUCACAACGACGUAACGGUUGAUUCGAUUAUCGACGAGAUCGCCACGUUCGAGAAACCGUCCACCGGUAACGGCAAAGGCAUGUAUAAGCUGAAACCGCAAUACUACGAUCAAUACAACGUAUUUUACUACCAUUACACCAGAGAAGAGUUAUCACGUUCGGAAGAAGCUCAGCGUAGAAGACGUAAAGAGCAAGGUCUCCUCGACUGCUGUCCACCGCCCACUCUGCCUCCUCUCACCGAAUCUUUCAUCAUGCUGGUGAAUAUGUUACAGUGCGACGUCAUGUUCUACCUGAUGCAGUUGAUCUUGAAACGAGCCUGCGACUUGAAAGCUCGCAGCUUCUCCGAAUCGCAGCUACAUCGCGUCCUACACCUGAUCGGAUACGCUCUACAUGAAGAAGAGAGCGCUCGUCUCGAUUACUUUAUGUUCACCGAACGGUGCGAAAAAUGGGGAGUGCUACGUUACUUGGAAGAGCUACAGAGCAGCAAUCGAGUCGAAGCUCAUCGCGAUCUAAUCAAAUGGACCGCCAACAAGUACCGAUUCGUGUCGCAUCUAAGCGCCAAAAACAAACGUAUGAACGAAUCCCGAGCUGCGGCCGCUGCCGCAUCGGCUGAAGACGACGAACGCCGCAGAUCGGGUCGCGAAGAUGAAAAAAUGGAGCUAGGAGAAGGCGAAGAGUCGAACGACCAAUCCGCCUGCUUGUCUGCGGACAAAGCCACCUGCGAAAUGUCUUGGGAGUGUUCGGAGAACGAAGCUGCGGUCGCGGCAGCCGACGAUCAAGCUCAAAAAAAAGAGAAAGAACGUAUCGCCAAACUGGCAGCCGAACGUCGAAUGAAAAUCAUGGCUCAGAUGUCUUCGGCCCAGCAAUCGUUCAUCAAAGAGCACGCCCAACUAUACGAAGAGGCCACGAAAAGCGACACGUUAGCCACGUCCGGCGCCAGUGGCUCGGGCGGUGCGGGCGAAUGCAUGGCGUGGGAAGCCAGCAACGACGAAAACGUAGAAUUCCCAAUCGCCGUCGGCCCCAAUCAAACCCAACGCUCGUCUCCGGAUCCCGGAUACAUUUGCAUAUUGUGCCAAGAACACCAGAUCGUUCGUACAGAUGCCCCGGCCAUGGUUUAUGGAGCGUUUGUGCAGAAAUCCGCAGUACUGGUCAACGAAGUGCACACGAUGGCGCUGGAUAAGCAUCGUAAAGUCGACGUAAGCGCUGCCGGCGACGACGCUACCGUGUUCUUGACCAGCGCACUGAAUCCUAGCCCGUUUACCAGCAUUUGCGGCCACGUUAUGCACAGCACGUGUUGGGAGAAGUAUUUCAACAAUAUUUCCACCAAGGAGAAUCGUCGACCGUACAGAUUACGUCAGCCGAUCAGUUUCGACGUCGAGAAAAACGAGUUCCUGUGUCCGCUCUGCGAAUCGCUCAACAACACCGUGCUUCCGGUGUUGCCGCCGCUCAAGAAUAUGAGCAACUCGUCGACGACGCUUUCGCUCGACCAUCCGCAAUUCUCGUUCGCAGCUUGGCUCAAAAGCAUCAUCGUGGCAACCGAUAAGAAACAACAAGAGAUACUGAAACGCAAAACAACCACCACUUUGCCGCUAGGAUGUAUCAAAGAAACCGCCAUUUUUAACGAAAGCUUACUCGAUGAUAGCGAAUCGUCAUCUUUGUCGAAUGUUACCGAUCUAACGACGACGGGCGCUUCGGCGUCGAAUAAUGUCAUCGCCAACGACAAUACACGUGUCGCUGCCACCGACGCAGCAGCUACAUCGGAUGAUUCGUCGCAGCAACAACAACCCGAAGAUACCGUUCCGACCGCAGCCGAAGACGACGACGAUUUAUCUCUAUCCCAAGAUACCGAUCAAAUGGAGAUUUUAUUAUUCAACAGCGUAGCCGAAUCGAACGCAAGUGGAAGUGGUGCCGAACAAGCUUCGUCUUCGUCUUACUCGGGUCCGGUUCUGUCUCCCACGUUGACCAGUAUGAUACAAAAAUAUUGCAAAUCAGUUUGCGUCAAAGGUCUAGGCUCGUCUUCGGAUAUCGAACACAAUAGCGUACUGUAUUGUUGGAAAUGCUGCGCGUACACGAUACACGUCGUAGAAAUGCUACUAAGAAGCGAGAGCAGACCGUUGUUACGAUAUUUACCCACCAGACAGAAACAAUGCAUGAAAGCUUUGAUACGUUUAUCGGCGUUGCAAGAGAUUUGCGGAAACCAGCGCGUCAUCAACAACUACGCGGUCACAUUGCUGGGCAUCGUAUUCGACAACAGCCACAUCUACGAAGAUACCUGUAUCCUAGACUGGGAUCCGUUCGGCAUGCUGGUCCCACUAGUCAUGUGUCUGCCUAGUCUGUUCUGUAUGGCGACCCCUUCGCCUCUACCUUGCGGCAGCGUGCUCGAAUUAUACACGCUGAAAUUGAUGUUGAUCUCGACCGUUGCGCAAAUUCUAAUCGGUCUACGUAGCGGUAACCUAGAAUCAGCUGCGGUUUCUACAGCCACACAAGUACCCGCUAACCCGGACGAAGCAGCUGCUAGGAGCGAGUGCUUGAAAAUGUACUUGAAAAUCAUCACAGAAGGAGACGAAAAGGAUACCGCGACUUACAGCGAAACCAUAGACACGGCGGCGUUGUGGCAACGCGUCACCGAAUUAUGUAUACCGUUUUUACGCUGCUGUUGUCUAUUUUUCCGAUUCCUUACCAAUGUGCCGGCUGCCGACUGCCUGAGCCAGCCGGAAGGCGAUACCUACGAGAACAUGUGUAAAUAUUUGGGACUGCCGACGACCUGCGACCAACUGCUCGACGAUCCGUUCGUAUUGAAGGUGUUCAAAAAGUGGACGAUUAACUGGCGCAGGAAGCAAACUCUUCAUAAUAGCAGUAUACGUUUCGAAACUUACCUGAAUCUUAGACGUUUAAUUCAGUUGCCCGACGAUUACAGCGAAUUGAUCAAUUCGGUGUCGAUGUUUACCUGCCCGAACAGCGAUCGUGAAGAUUCUAGGAAUCCGACAGUGUGUCUCGUCUGCGGAACUAUUUUAUGUUCUCAAAGUUAUUGCUGUCAGAAGGAGUUGAACGGGGUCAUGGUGGGUGCUUGCGCGUAUCAUGCCCAGUAUUGCGGAGCCGGAGCUGGAAUAUUUUUACGUAUGCGAGAAUGCGAAAUCUUAUUGUUAUCGUGUUUCAAUCGUGGCUGCUUCUUGGCACCUCCUUACGUCGACGAAUACGGCGAAACCGAUCAAGGCCUGAGAAGAGGCAAUCCGCUCAAGCUAUGUCUUAAACGAUAUAAAAAAUUGGAAAAUAUUUGGUUAUCGCAUUCGAUUCACGAAGAAGUGUCUCGUUCGUUGGAAUCUACACACUCGUUGGCCGUUACUCAGUGGCAGCAUCUGUAAACUCGCUAAUAUUAUAGGUUUUCUAAUUUUCGUCCAGUCGUGCUCGGUUCUUUCUUACUGCAGCUUUAUUUAUUAUCAUCACUGAUAACCCAACUGUACAAAAUACCUGCAGCUCAAUAUCGACGUUUGCUGGUCUGUUGGACUCAACCUUAGGAUUUGGAAUACGGGAAUAUGCAAUUGCACGUUCGCUGCUGCCACGUAUCAUGGCAAACUUUGUUUCUGCUUAUACUGGAGGUCUUGAAAUUCCAGUUCAUCGUAUUGUAGUUGGCUACUAUCCUUUUGGAUGAGGCAGUAAUACCGCUUGUGUUUAUAUCCCAUUUAGCCACCGUCAUCGCCGUUGUCUUUAUUACCUAUUGUUUUGAUUCGAUUUUUUAUACAUAUGUACCUUGUACAGGGUGGCCCAGAAAAACCUUUCACACUUUGGUAGCCACUUAUUCGUGUCCUGUAAGGGUUAGGGGAAUGGUAAACACAGCUUCAGGUAGCCAAUGGAUGCCGAAUUAUGUUGCAGUGUGUGUUUUUCGUUGUAGAGAAGUGGACGCUUGUGCAGCUCGCUUUCAUUAUAAAGGCGUUUUACCAAAAUGAUGAUGCAUACAUUAAUGCAGUCAUUAUUUUGGUAAGAUGCCUUCGCAAAAAAGCACUCUGCACAGACAUCCACAUCACCACAAAGACAAACAUGCAUCAGAACAUAAUUUAGCAUGCCUUGGCUACAUGAAACCGCGUUUACCACUCCGCUAAGUUGACUUGUCUGGAUGGGCGUGGCUUCAAUACCAGUUAUUGGGACCAUGUGUAAUCGAGGGAACGGGGAAUGGAGAUCAGAUUGCGCGAUGUUUGCGAAGGUUCUCCUUCCGAAAGGGCUUCCUGGUUAUAACAAGACGAUACAACGCGUUGAUCAGCUUGUGAAACGAUUGUAAACAUUUCCCUUGCCGAAUAAUCUCACGCAACGCUGAAAAUCACUGGCUGCCUGGAUCAUCAGGUUUCAUGUGAUUUGACUUCUUUUUAUGGGGCUUACUCAAAUCCUACGUGCAUAAAAUUGAUCCAGGGACCCUAAAUGACCUUCAGAACAAUAUUAUUCGUGAAUGCUCCCUCAUCAGUCAAGAAAUUUUGACGAACGUGUUCAAUAAUUCAAAAAAAUGUCAGGCCAAAUGUGUGAAAAAGGUAGAAAACAUCUUAUUGGCAAAAUUUUUAAACGGGGACUUGUAAAGUUGAAUUGAAUAUAUGGUCUGUAACUGGCAUGUUUCUACUUUAUUUUGGUUUUUUAAUCAUUUCUCUAGGUGUUUUUUUCUCGGAGUAGUGAGCAAAACAAAUGUGAAAGGUUUUUCUGGGCCACCCUGUACCUUAUUUACUACUCUCUCUCUCUCUCUAAUUCUAACUGUACAAUUAUUGUAAUUUUUUUUUCUCUUUUAGAUUGCGACUUGUUCGAAAAACUAUAAUCAUAAUAUUCAUACUCUUAUAUAGUUUGUUUCACUUGGCAUUGCAUAACCAUUGCUAGCUUUAUCACUAUAGUACCUAAACUUGUAAUGUAUUUAGUUACCUACUUCGAAGCGACGCGACAUUUUUAUUUAUUAGAACGACGAACGUGUAAAGAAGGGCGAGUUUUAAUGUCGUGAACCUGAUUGGUGGAAUUUUUCAAUAAUAAUAUUGCUUAAUUUUCGAUCGUUUUCUUACUGCUGCGUUUUAAUACUUGAUUCCCAUUAUCAGCAUUAUCAUCGUUGUCAUAGAUCAUUAUAAUCAUCGUUAUUUUUAUUAUCGUUUUGUUCAUUGUCAUUAUUAUUAUCAUUCAUUUUUUUGAAAUGAAAUCAUUUACUUUACAUGGUAAUCACAUAAAACGGAUGUAACACGUUUGAGUCUUCAUAUUUGUUCUCUAAAGUGCAAUCAGCAAUUCAGAAUUUCUACCAAAACUACACCUCUUAUACCUAAUUGGAUUCUUUUAUGUGAGGUUUAGACAUAACGCUGGCAUUUUUGCUUUAUUCUGUUGUAAAAUUGAUAAAUUUCUUUUUAGAGCUGCGAACUUAUCAAUGUCACACAUUUAUCAUUAAACCAUUUUACUACAGUAGGUAUUUGCUAACGUAUAUUUUUUGUAUUGCCAGUUUUGUAAUCAUAAGGUUCUGAUUUCCUUUUUUUAAAAGUCGUAGCUUUUCAGAGAGGACAUUUACUCAACCUAUUUUACCUAAUUGUUCCUGUCAUUGGCAGUAAUAACUGUUGCUUUUGAGAUUAAUUUCCUACGAGUAGUUUUUAGCUUCUUAUCAUGUGUAUUGAUAUUAUACAGAAUGCUGUUUCCUUUUGAUAACCUAACUACCGACUUCGAUGGGUACGAGUUUGAAAGAUUUUUACAAAAUAUUGAAAUGAAAGCGAACCAUCUGUAAUAUUCUAGAAUUAUUAGAUAUUCUCAGAAAAGUGGAGUGAAAAUACAUAAUGAAAAAAUGUGUACAUUUUAGUUUAAGUUUAACAUUUCUGUUCGCAGGUAUCGUUAUACGAGUUCGUGUAUGUGCAUAAAUACUUUUAAGUAUGGGUUGAUCCUCUAGCUGAUAUUAUUGUAGAUAUUUUUUCACGUACCUUCAUCUAUAUUAUUGCAUCAUAAGCGAAUGUGUAAGUAUUAUGUUAUUUUAACUCUAGUUCGUCGUAUUUUACCGAUUUGACGAGCGUUGCUGUUCAGUUUUAAAUAUUCGAAUAUUAAUUGUAAUUGUAGUUGUAAUUUUACGAAAUACGUUCAUAUGCCUAUAUCCAAUAGUAAUAAUGUAUAACGUUUGUAUUAUAUCUACCUAUGUUCUUCUUCUUCUAAUCGUGUGUAACUUUUUUUUGUAACAUAGCUUUUUAUGUCUAGUUAGUCGAUGUGCUUAGUGUACUACAUAUGUACCUAUGUCAGUGGUAUUACGUAUAGAUACGUACUUUGUAAUGUAUGUACUUUAACUCAAAUUGUUGUAUUCGCAAACAAAUAUAACAAAAUAAUGAUUGCCA